AUGCCGUCAUCAUGUACCACUACCCCAUGCGAACAAGAAGUCUUUGAAUCCGCUUGGCGUGGAAAUACGGAGGAAUUGAAGCAAUUGCUCCAAGCUGGAGGCAACGCCAAUGCCAGGGGAGAAACCUCAUGGCGGGGUUCUGAAAAAUACACGGCGCUCCAAAUCGCAUGCAAUCAAGGACACUGCCAAUGCGUCCAAGCCUUGCUAGAGUGUGGAGCUCAAGUCGAUACGCCCGAGGAUGGAGCUGGGUGGACCCCCCUUGUCGGUUUGGCAGAACCGACAUGGUCCGGAUACUUCUCAAAGCAGGAGCCGAUGCAAACGCAAUAG